ACUGACGCGGAGCCGGUUUGUUUCCUUCAGCCCCGGUAACGGCCCUUGUGGGGCCGACGAUACAGCCGAUCCAGAGUCAGUCCCUGGAUGUUUGCACGUUGCAUCCGCAUCAAAGCUACCCGGCAGGUUAAUAAUUGACUUAGCGGGCCUAGUGAAAAGCGGCCGGCUCGUGCAGAAUCCGGACGUGUGCGGCGAGCCCAGGUGGGAAACCGCGCGGAGACCCAACGCUGAUCGCGCGACGCUGUGAGUGUGUGACACGGAAAGUGCUGGAAGGAAUCCAUCAUUGUGGCCGGACGGCGAAGCGGAGCGGCAGCCGGCUAAGAUAAGACAGGGGGACCGCGUGCUGUUCCUCACUUUUACUGUGCAAGCAGCAAUAAGCGGUAGGGCACAAUGAACGGACAGCUGGACCUCAGUGGGAAGCUGAUCAUCAAGGCACAGCUGGGCGAUGACAUCCGCCGCAUCCCCAUUCACAACGAGGACAUCACAUAUGACGAGCUGCUGCUCAUGAUGCAGCGGGUUUUCCGUGGCAAGCUGCAGAGCUCCGAUGAGGUCACAAUCAAGUACAAAGAUGAAGACGAUGACCUCAUCACCAUUUUUGACAGCUCCGAUCUCUCCUUCGCUAUCCAGUGCAGCAGGAUACUCAAGCUCACAGUCUUUGUGAACGGACAGCCCAGGCCCCUGGAGUCCAACCAGGUGAAGUUCCUCCGCCAUGAGCUUUUCCAGCUGAGGGACAAAGUGAACCACAUGCUAGGCAGCCUGGAGCCCCCCUUGGAGCCGGGGCUUCCCCUCAGCACCCCUGAUUGUGAUAGGCGGGAGGGUAAGACCACAGCCCCAGAACCCACCACGAAGCAUCCUGUCCCAGUCAGUGCUGUGAGCAUGUCAGCCUUUGACCCUCUGAAGAUCCAGGAUGAAAUUAGUAAGAAAGUUAUCUCCUCCACUGGGCUCUCUGAAGGCCAGGCUUCAGGAGCCCACACUGGUCUGCCUGAGGAACAUUCCAGAACUGCAGACACUGCUGCAUCAGCCAUGCAGCAGCCCAGCAUGCCCAUCUCCUAUGCAGUAGUCCAGCAGCCCUCUGCAGCUACUAUGGAUGCUCAGGUAUACUCGCAGUACCAAGCCCCGGGUGGAUACCCUCCCCAGCAGCUCUAUGGGGUACAGUACCCAGGUGGCACUUCCCAUCCAGCUCACCAGCCAGCUCCCCAUAGGCAGCAGCAGUUCAUGAGUUACACUGCCCCCACAUCCCAAACUGUUGCCCCCACCCCUGCAGCAGGAUUCACAGGGCAGUCCCAUGCCCUUCCUCAAGCAGGCCUUCAGUACCCCCCUGGAGCCCUCCCUCCACAAAACUACACCUCUUCAACCUCACAACCUACUAAUUACCGCAUGCCCCCCACCUCCCAUCCUGGUCCUGGCUAUCAGCCCCACCCUGGAUACACCCCGUCCCCAGGAAAUACAGGGAAUCAGCCCCCUCCUGGGACAUCCAACCCAUAUUCCCGAAGUCGCCCAGCUUACGGUCAGGGCUACACCCAGCCAGGCCCGGGAUACCGAUAAGAGCCCUUUCAGUGAGUGAUCUUUUCCGGAGCUUGUAGCUCAGUUAGCUUUGGAUCGUAGACUUUCCUGAGCCCUGUUAGUACUAAAUCCACAACUGCUCAGUGCCCUGGACUUGUCUUUUUGGGAAUGCACCGACGGGAUUAAGUAGGAUUCAUUAUGAAAUGAAUGGGGUUUUGUGUGGGCGUGUGUUUAACCGUGUUUUUGCCUAAUUACGGCACAUUUGCUUGUGUAAGUGAACUGAACGUGUGAAAUCUUUUCACACUUUGAAGGCCACACCUUAUGUUUGCCUCCAUAUUUAUCUCUCUGAAUAUUCGCCAUUUUCUUAAUGGCAACUGUAAUGACAUGAUAUCUGAACGAUGAUUCCAGAUUGCAGUUUUAUUUACGCAACAUUCUGCGUUUUCGGGAAGCUAAUAAAGGCAUCUUAGACCAA